AUGACUACUCUACAAAUCAAGCCACAACAAAAGAAAGCUAAGUUAUCAAGUCUGAAAGAAAAAACUUUUGUGCUUUUGCCAGAAACUAAAGAUGAUGCAAAGACAACAAAAUUUUUAGAGACAUUUAACAGUGCUGAAGCCAACAUUACAGAAAAAGAACUACAAGGCAGUAAAAUAUGGGAAGAUAUCCUUUUAGAACAAACAAAAGCUUUCUCCACAAUAACUGAAGAAACAAACAAUAUAUGUCAAAACAACAAUGAUACAGCUGAUGAACACGUGUCUAACCAAAACAGUCAAUCAGGGAACAACAAUCAGGAUACUGAUCCAUUGCCCCAGACCACCAUGACUAAGAUCCUGCUCCCAUGGGCCAAUGCUGUUAGCAAAAAAUAG